UCCCUUUCUGCCGCUCUCGGGCCAGAUCGCUUGCGAAAGAAACGAAAGCGAAAGCUUCCUUUAAAAGCGGGUGGGGGCAAAUGGCCGUAGCCAUGGCGAGCCAUGUUACUCCGCUGUUUGUCCAGGUUUUCCCUCCCAACACCUUCGCAGAGAAACUGGAGGCCAAGCUGGAGAUUUAUUUCCAGUCCCCGAAGAAAUCGGACGGCGGCGAAUGCAACGUGAGAAUGGAAAACCGCGAACGGGGCAUCUAUUCGGUGCGGUUCUGGUCGGAAGAAGUGAAGAAGCGUGUGAAGGCCCAUCGUGGACAUACUAUAGAAGUUGGGGGGGAAACUUUGAAGAUAAAAAUUCUUCCAGAUUCGGAGUUGGCUAUGGUUGAUGCUGCAGGAACAGUGUUUACAAGCAACGCAAUAAGCUCAGUUCCAACUUCACUUUCUUCAAACUUUUUGCCCCUCCAGAAUGAUUUUAAAAACAAGCAAGGGGAAAUCUAUGCAGCUGGUUAUGAAAGUGGUAGAAAAAAGAUAUUUCUUGAGGUUUCUGCCACCUUGAAUACUGACUUGCUCACUAAAGAGCAGAGAAAUCAGGUGAUCGCUUUAUAUCCCACCUUAAAGAUAGAAAUUGCGUCAAGUCGUCUUGGUAUUGAAAAAGUGGUGGGACACUAUGAGGAUAUUGAAAAGUUACACUCUCAUUUUGAGAAGCUCCUUAGAGACCAUCGCGACAGUGAAUUUUUGCAACCUAAAAAGCAGGACAAUUGUGUUGAAGGAAAGGAAGAUCACAACAGAAGAUACAGGAGUGAUUUAGAAGAACUGCCCAAGAUGGAAGUUCCUUCAGGUAUCUUUGAAUAUUUUGGACAAGUCUACAAGGAAGAAAUUAAAAAAAAUGAGGAGACAUUCAAUGUAAAAUUGGUAACAGGCAACACUGAGAAUGGAAUUACUUCUGUCUGGUUUUCUUCAGUGGGGGUACCAGACUUUACCAAGAAAGCUCAGGAGGAGUUUGUCCAGCUUUUCCAGAAAGUAGCAGGAGAUCUAAAACAGGAAACAGUUCCUUUCAUUGAGAGCCACACAUAUGAGAUGAUAAAAAGCAAAUGCAAACACAUUAUUAUUAAAAAAUACAAGGACAAAGCUGUUCUUCAAGGCCCCACAAAGGAAGUUUCAGAUGCAAAGGCAUUGUUAGACGAAAUGACAGCAAAGAACUGGAAUAAAAAAAAUGAUCCCCGCAUACAGCCAUCUGGCAUUGAAGUUGAGGCUGCUGUAUUUGCAUUUCUCAAACCAAUGUUAAAUCGGAAAAUUGAAUUAAUAAACAACGAGUGUUGUACUAGAAUGGAGGAGAAACAUUGUCAAGAUGGUCACUUAACACGCAUCAUUUUUAUGCCCCAGACGUAUACACGUUUAGAUCGAUCUUCAGAAGCUUCUGAGUUUUUUCAGUAUGAGUACCUGAAUUAUUUAAACAGUUCACAAAUAAAAGAAAUUCCUUUGAAACCUCUGGAAGAUUGGAAAAGAAAACUGAAGGAUUUAUUUACAUAUUUCCAAUAUAAAUAUCCCAAAGUAAAACUGUCUCUAAAGGAAAACUGCCUUUACAUUUACGGUCUUCCUGAAAACAUAUUGUUUGCUGAAAAGCACAUCAUGGAGAGACUGAAUAGUGAAGAAUUUGUAGCUGUAAAUAGUGAAGCAACGGCCAUUCCUGAUUACAGUGUUGGAGCUGCCAUAGGCACCUCCUUUGAGUCACAAAGACAUGACAAAAUGCAGCAGGUUCCUUCUCAGGAGCAGCCAGCAGAGAAGGCAAUGGAAGUCCAACAAGAGAAGUGCUGUCCCAUCUGCCUGAAUACAAUCCACCAGAAAGAAGUGCUGCCCAAAUGCAAGCAUGCAUUUUGUGUAGCCUGCAUAAGAACGGCAAUGAAUUACAACCCAGUCUGCCCUGUGUGCAACCAAGUCUAUGGGAAGCUAAAAGGAAAUUAUUCCACAGAACAAACACAGGUGGCCAUAAAGUCCCUGAAUAGUGAGAAAUUUGUAGCUGUAAAUAGUGAAUCAACAGCCAUUCCUGAUUCCGGUGUUGGGGCUGCCACAAGCGCAUCCUUUGAGUCACAAAGAUAUCACAAAAUGCAGCAGGUCCCUUCUCAGGAACCGCCAAUAAGGAAGGCAACGGAAGACCAACCAGAGGAGUGUCCCAUCUGCCUGAAUACAAUCCAACAGAAAGAAGUGCUGCCCAAAUGCAAGCACGCAUUUUGUGCAGCCUGCAUAAGAACGGCAAUGAAUUACAAACCGGUCUGCCCUAUGUGCAAUGUUUUCUAUGGAAAUAUAAAAGGAAAUCAACCCCCAGGGAAAAUGGACGUCUACAAAACUAGCACUUCCCUGCCUGGUCAUAAGAAUUCUGGAACCAUCACUAUUAUUUACCGUAUAUUUGACGGGAUUCAGACAGAAAGGCAUCCUCACCCAGGGAAACAUUUUUAUGGAACGUCCCGCACAGCAUACUUGCCUGACAACCAAGAAGGAAGAGAAAUUCUGAAAUUGCUGGAACGGGCCUUUGACCAAGGUUUGAUUUUCACAGUGGGCCAGUCGCGAACAACAGGUGCGAAUGACGUGGUUACUUGGAAUGACAUUCAUCACAAAACUUCCCCUCAUGGAGGAGAAAAAAAUUUUGGUUACCCUGAUCCUAAUUAUCUGAAACGUGUUAGAGAAGAGCUGAAGGCAAAAGGAAUUGAAUGAGUAUUUUUACUUCUGGGAACAGUCCAGAACUUCUAGCUUGUCUACAUAUAUAUCAUUUUAGUUUAGUAGAGAAGGAUUAAUAAAAAAUAGCUUUGGCAGUAUUUACCUUCUAGGAUUUCAGAACAAUUGUUAAAUUAAUGCCGUUGUGUUCAGAAUUAUACAGUUGUAUUCAGUUGUAUUCAGAAUUGUUAAUAGUUUUGAUCAAAGCUGCAAUCCAAAAAUAUUACAUAGAAAUAAACUCCAUUAAUGUGUUCGUUGCAAUUGUGUUAAUGUCAAGCUUAGAUAUGACUAUAUGCAUGGAUUAUUAAUCUCUAUGAUUACAUUUGAUAUUGUUUUGCAUUUCAACUUGUAAUUUCAUUUUUUAAGUCUGGGUUGGUACUCUUGCCAUGUUGUGAAGCUUCAAAAUUAAGAGAGCUGCUGUGUAGUCUUACAUUUUAGCAGACUGGAUGACAAUAGAGUACCUAUAAUAUGGUAAAAUUAUAGGUUCAGCCAUAGGACAGUGGCUGAAAAGCUUGGCAUUAUUUGUGCCCUGCCUCUCUCUCUCCUCCCCUGAAGAAGAGUACAGUCAGGGCAGUGAAAAUCUUACUCAAUGCCUUGCUUCCCUACUUUGUCAAUUUAAAGUUGCCAACUGCAGCUGCAACCAAUUUUGGAUCUCUCACACACAUACACUCAUACACACUCUCUUCCCCCACCCAGAAACCAUUUCAAAAUAGAGUGGACCUGAGAGAAAAUGAAUUAAUAUUUGAAUCAUAAACCAUUAAAAUCAAUUUCAUGUAAAAUUACUAGUGUUUUCUAAAACUAUUUACUCAGUGUUCUCACAUAUAAGCUCCUGUUGCUUUCAGAGGCAUUUCCUAAUGCAAUUCCCUUCCUCUACUUGGAAGAAAAUACUUUUUUUUUUGGUUAGGUUAGGCAGGCUUUUUUUUCCAGAGAACAAUGACUCGAAAUAAUAGUUGAUUUUCAGUUUGAGGCAAUGAUGUGGUAUAUGGCUCAAUUGGUUUCAGCCAGUGUGUAUGUUCCAUGGCCUAUUGUGAAAUAUAACCAAGGAACAAUAAAAAUCUUAAUCCUG